AUGGCAAGCGAGACAACAGACGUUGCAGCCCCUGAGGCGGUGAAGUAUCUCCCUGAGCUCCGGGACUUUGUGGUUCGGGGCCACACCUCAGUGGAAUGGCGAAUGGGUCAACUCAGGCUCCUGCGUCAAGUACUGGAAGAGGAGAAGGAAGCCAUGCUCCAAGCACUAGGCUCCGACCUUUGUGUGGAUGAGGCACAGGCACUUCUUUUCCAGAUCGGCUGCUUGUUCGGAGAGAUAGAUCACUUUCUCGACAACAUCGCAAGCUGGAGUGCCAUGAAGAAGGUCAGCACACCUGUUGUGUUGCAACCUGCCUCGUCGUAUGUGCAAGCACAGCCAAAGGGCGUGGUGCUCAUCAUCGGCGCUUGGAAUUACCCCUUUGUGGUAACACUUGGGCCUAUGAUCACUGCCCUUGCAGCUGGGAAUUGUGUGCUCGUCAAGCCUUCAGAGUUGUCGCCAGAGUCGGCACAAGUUAUGCACCGCAUUUGCACACGUCUUGAUCAGCGAGCGGUGCGUUGUUGCUUGGGUGGUGUGGAACUUUCCACAACCUUGGUUGCCCAGCCCUUCGAUCACAUCAUAUAUACAGGGUCUACGCGCGUGGGCCGGCUGAUAAUGGCAGCCGCCGCCCCGAAUCUUACUCCGCUGACGCUGGAGCUGGGUGGAAAGUCCCCUGUCGUGAUCUGUGGAGGCAUCGACAUCAACGAGGCAUGCCGAAGGAUCGCAGUGGGGAAGUUCGUGAACUGUGGGCAGACCUGCAUCGCGCCGGAUUACAUGUUGGUGGAACGCGGAGUUCGUGAUGAGGUUGUUGCAUGUCUCAAGAAGGUCAUCACGGAAAUGUUCGGUGACAGCACGCAGGCACCGGAGAAGCUUAGCCGCAUGGUGAACCAGCAAGCAAUGGAAAGAUUGCACAAAGCCCUUCGCGAGCCUCACGGUGGUCACGUGGAGCUUGGGGGGGCCUCGCCCCCUCCGGGGACCAUCAAGGAGGGCCAGAGAUAUGUCCAGCCGACGAUCGUGGUGGACCCGAAGGCUGACAGCACGAUCAUGCAGGACGAGCUCUUCGGACCCGUGCUGCCAAUCCUCAGCGUGGCAUCCUGCGACGAGGCCGUCAGUUUCAUCAAUAGUCGGCCCAAGCCCCUAGCACUUUACGUCUUUGCCCCGCAGCCAGUGGUGGAUCAUGUCAUGCAGAGCACCAGCUCUGGGGCCAUUUUGGUAGGUGACACGGCCGUGCACAAGGGGAAUCCAAACGUGCCGUUCGGCGGGAUUGGCGGCUCUGGCAUGGGUAGUUGCUAUGGUGAGUUUGGCUUCAACGAGCUUUCGCACCAGCGCGCCGUGAUGUACCGGCCCCUCUUCCCACCUUCCCCUAUCAGCCUUCCGGCUGACUCCGCUCUGAGCAAGAUCUUGUGGUUCUGGGUUACGAUGAAGCCCGCGCACUCCAAGCUGAUGAAGCGAGUAGGCGUGCUGAUCCUGGGCUUGCUUCUCCUACUCAUCACAGGGAAGCUCCGGCAAAGGCCGCUGGCCAGCAUGGCAAACGUGGAUGACACCCAGGCGAGAGCCGAGUCACCGGCGGGCUCCGGCUCUGCACCAAACACAGACCGAAUGAUGUCGAGACCGCCCCGUGGUCCUGGCCCGAUGAUGCCCGGUCCAGGCUUGAACGUCGAGACCGACUUUGAAGACACCCUGAAGUCGAACGCGUCCUUUACGUCAGAUUCGCCAAGCAACCGCAGGACUUGGGCCUCAAGCAGUCAAACUCAGUCAUCAGCAAGUGAGGUGUCUUCCAUUCUCUUAGGGUCUUUCCUUUCUUGGCCUGUUGCAUUUUGGAUCAAGCUUGCCCGUGGUCUGCCCUGUUUUACAUGUACAGGUGAAGCUCCAGGUCUCGGCUUCCCUGGAUGUUGCCUUCAUGGCGUUGAAACGCAGGCAUGGCCCUCACAGCGCUGUUGCUCGCUGCUGCCUUUGGGGCAUCGAAAUCUUUUCGACUUGAUGCUGACUCGAACUUCGAAGGCCCCGAAGCAAGUCAUCAGUUGCAUGAUUGACGCCAAGCGCGAGUGGCCAUGGAAGAGGAGACUGACGGUGGAUGAGGCGGCGAUAGAGAGGUGGCGAAGAGACGGCGGCGACCUGCCUACGUCUUCCAGUGCAUUGCUGGAGGUCCCAGGCAACGCAUCUGCUGCGCCUCCACUUCCACCUGCCUGGUCCAAGCGGCUGACCUUCUUGAGGGCCUUGGGCAGUGGUGGGCACGGAAGCCAGGUCUGCAAGAAGCUUGGUGAUUGGACGGAGGAGGAGCGGUGUGCCAUUGUAGCAGCCGAGGAACUGCGUACCUCUAUGUGGCUUCAUGCGGACUUCCGAGAAGUCAGGGUGAUGCGGGCGAUGUACGGGGUUUCGGACUUUUGCAUCUCCACAUUGGGUGCACCGGACUACAUCGACACCGAAUCGGGUCUGUGGAUCAUGAUGCCGUUCCUGAAUUCGGGCAGCCUCUUGCAACUGCUGGAGAAAUUGGAGAACUGUCCUGCAAAGUGUCGGUGUGGCGGCCGCAUCUGUUGGGAACGCCUCGGAGCUCCUUACAGCAUUCCCUAUGUGCAGGCAUUGCUUUAUCAAGCAGCUUUGGGUGUCGGAGCCCUUCACUCACAAGGGUACCACCACAUGGACUUGAAGCCAGAGAAUAUCAUGCUGAAUUGCCAGGGUACCAACUGUUUCGCCGAAGUCAUCGACCUGGGUAUUGCUUGCCGCCCGAAACUCUGCAAAUGGUCCGGAACCAUCGGCUUCAUUGCGCCAGAGGUUUGGACUGGAACAGGCCUUGGACUGGCGGCCAAUGAUGUUUGGUCCCUUGGGGUGGUCUUCUACGAGAUUAUGUAUGGGCGCAAGCCGCCUUUCCACGGCGAUCGGAACGGAAGGGAGACGAGAUCCUAUAUACCCCUGAUAGACGAUGCAAUUCCAAAACCUGGUCAGCCCAUUGACCGGUUGAUUGAAAAUAUGCUCAACCACAAUCCAUCGAGACGCCCCACGAUGCGUGGGCUGCAGGAUUGGCUUCGCCGCAUCAUCCUCAAUGCAAAUCCCGGACAGCAUGUGCUGGAUAUGAUCUACAUGUCUCCGCUUGAAAGAGGUGCGCAAGAGAAGGUGCCGCCCUGUCUGCUUCAAUACGAAGACCCCGAGUAUGCCAUGGACAUCGGUGACCAGCCAGCUCACCGCAUGGACUGUGCCAGCCCACCAAGGUAUGCGCAGGGAUACUUCCGGUGUGGUUGGAGAAAGCAUACUUUCGCAUGUCUAUAUGUGAAUGACGAAGGCGGGGCUGCCCUGAGCUGGCACUCGGUCUUUGUAGAUCGAUGUGCAGCCGUGCCCUAUGCAUGA